GCGCUGUCACGUGUCAAAACAAACCUGCCCAAAGUUUUGCUGGUCUGUGCUGCGGGUCCAACUCCCCAUUGACCCUCAUCAACCACCGCCCGGGCUUCAGGUGCACGGUGCAGGUGUGCUGGUUCACUUCGGACACGUUCUGUAGAAGCUAACCGACGUUCCCCCUGUUGCCGUUAGCAACGGAAGAGUUGCUAAUAUCGCGGAUGUUUACAGAAGUGACACAGAUCGGGAUCACGACCAAUGGCGUCCUGUGUGGUGACAUCCUGUCUAACAUCAUGCUCCAACAUCAUUCUGUCUGCCGCUGCUCUGCACUCCUCUUACAAACUCUUUAAGGACCACAGAGCUCCCUCAGUCGGCUUUUUCCUGCUCGGACUCUCCGCGGCAGUUUGCGUCUUGCAUCCCUCCGGCUCGCUCCUAACUGAGCUCCAGAGAGAAGCGGAGUGGGCCGGCCAGCUUUUGGCUCCGGCGCUGGUCUCCUUUGACUUCCUGUGGCUCAGUCAUGACAGCAACACCGCACACAUUCUACUGUGUGGCUCCUGCCUGCUGCUGGGACUGUGUGACUGGCUCUCGGCAGACGCUCUCACGGUGAUGACUCGCUGCCUGGGCCUGUCCUCCUUGUCCUGCUGCCUCAUGGUGUGUCUUUUUGCUGGUAAUGCUUUAGGGGCCCUGGGUGGUGUGGCCCUCAGCCUUCCUUUGCUUGUGGCUCCACAAGUUGGAACAAACACUUUAGCUCCGCUUGUGUCUCCCGCAGCAUCUGAGGGACUGACGAAGUGGCUUUUGAAAGGGGCCUUGUCAAUAGGCUGUUGGGCCUCAACGAAGGCCCUCGCCAACUUUCUGUUGGACGUGACCGACCAUUACAACAUUAGCAUUUAGUAAAGCAGUAGAGCUAUCUGGUCUAAUAUGAGCAUUUUAGGACAUUUGUGAGCAAGAUUUAAUUUGUAUUUAUUUAAUUUUUAUUUUGUAGGUUUUAAACUAGAUUCUCGGUUAAUCAAUUUGUCUGGUCAGAAAAUAAAAUAUGAGCAACUUUGAUAGAGGAUUAACAAAGCAAGGAACAAAAAUGUUCAUUUGCUGAUCAGAGUGUUUGCUGCAUUUGUCUCUGUCACAUCACUUGAAAUAUCGAUGGCCUUUUAAAACAUCAUUUGGAUAAAAUAAAUAAUUUGAAGAUGUUACCUUGGGCCCUGGUAAAUUUUAAUUACUAUAUUAUUUAAAAGUAAUCAUUGGUGGCAGGAUUAAAAAUAUCAAAUAAUUAUACAUACUGUAUGAAUGUUAAAGGACUAAAUUAGUCAAUUUAUAUAGGGCUGCGAUACUGAAUAUAGAAAAAUGAAGAUCACAAUUAUCAGAAUAUCAGGGUCUUUUAUAGAUGUAUGUCAUGAUAUGUGCCUUAAAGUGGGAAAUCAACUCAAAUAGUCCGCCUGGUAAUUUACAGCUUACUUGAAUAUACUGUAGCUGCCACAACAAGACCUUGGCAGAAUUUUGUAUGAAGUUAUUCUACAUAAAGCCACAGCAUUAGAAACACACUCAUUUGCAUGAGAGUGCGUGACCACAAUUUACAACCGACAGUCCGCCGUGGCGUUGUGUAGCCUUUUUAGGCAAACAGUAAGUGCCUGGGUGACAUUUAUAAUGUCAUCUAAUGUGACUUGUGUGAAUUUCCCCUGUGAUCAUUUUCAGUCUACGUGUUGCAGGCUAUACUUACUCUCAGGCUACUGGCAUCCUGCACAUAUCCCUCUGCGAACAGUUUUAGUGUUUCCAAAAAACAUCCAGCUGCCACAGAGCCUGGAUCCUCUUUGUCUUGCAGCCUCAGCGGUUAAAAUACCUGCAGUGGCCGAAGCUCUUGGCUCUGCUCUUACCUCAUUGUGCCCAUUUGAUUCUCAUUCGUGCAAUUUUUGUUUAUUAGUCCUUCCUUGGUUUUUAGCGUCUGUAACAUUGUCUGAAAUGACCUCAUCUGUUAAACUCACCACUACUUAAAUGAUGUCUGUAUAAUGUAGUUUGACCACACGCAACCUGCAAGGUAUCGAUAUUCUUCACAGAGUUUUGCAGUGGACACUGCAGAUUCUCCCUCAGGAUUUCCGGAGUUGUGAGCGGCUGCCUCAGCAGUUUUACUGCAUUACAUGUGCAAGCGUCUGUAGCUCUGUGUCUGUCUGUGGGACAUUGCCUUUAUCAAACCUCAAGGCACAGGUCACUUGUGAUAUAUUCAACGUAAUUGAUCAUUUUUUUGCCAAUAUACAUAUGGUAAAAAUGCCUGUGCUGUCCUGUUGUUGUAAGGAUUUAUCAUUCAGUUCAUGUCAAAUUUUUUUUUUUGGAAGUGUUUAAAAACAAUUCAUUUAUUGUUGUAUCGAAUUUAUUAAAUUAAAAUGUUAAUUCUAGUCACUGUGUGACUUUACAUUGCAUUUUUCUUAGCUCGUGCUCAGCCAUCCCAACUAUUGUGCCAUUUGCAGUCCUUCAUGGUCAUCCAACAUCUCAUCAAUAUUUCUGAAGUACAUUAUCUUACCCAGAUGAGAUCCAAGAACCUGGCAAAUUUAAUCUAUCUCUGACUCAGGAUGAAUGUGAGCGUGAAUGGUUGUUUGUCUCCAUGUAUUGGCCCAUGUGAUGGACUAGCGACUUGCCCAUGGAUGUACCCUGCUUCUCGCCCAAUGUCAGCUGGGAUUGGCUCCGGCCCCCUUCAACCCUCAAAGGGUAGGCAGUAUGGAGAAUGGAUGGAUGUCUCGGGCUGCUGGUAUCACCAUCAACCCCCACAGCUCAAUCAGUCACCAUACCAAACACUGCAUUUUAAUACGCUCCAUACCAUUAUCUUUCACCCCACCACUGCAGCAGAACAGGAAACUGCAGUGAGCAUGGUCGCUGCAGAUGCAGCCUGUGGACGAAGCAAAGUGGAGAGGAGGAGUAGGAGAAGGAGGAGAAAGGGGAGGGGAGAGGAUAGUUGAGAGGGAGCCACACAGGAGCUGCACACGGCACUGGGAUGCUGUUGCAGCUCUGAGAACAACGGCUGCAUGGGAAGAUUUGUCAUGACAACACGGAUGUACGAAAGGGGAAUACAGACGAUGGAAAUGUCAAAUUGUGAUGACCUAAGAGGAGAAGAUAUGUGAUACGGGACUCUCUUGGAUGGCGUGGAGAUGUACGCCUUCUACUCCCUUUUAGUCUACAUCUUCUACACUGUCUUUAAGAAGGAGGAGGAAGAGGAGGAAGCCUCGGAGGGGGCAUGCGGAGCUUCCUCAGACGAGCCAGGACCUGUUUCCAUGGGAACAGGGAGCAGGAGGAGAGAUGGCCACACCCCCAAAAUGGGGAAAAAAGCUGGUGCUCGCCUUAGUGAAUCAAGCAGUAGCAGCGACAGUGAUGAAAUAUCCCAGAGUGAUGAAGAUGAAGAAGAUGGCCCUGACCUCCCAGCCUGCACUCCUCUGGCUGCCUUUUUGUCCUUCAAACAGGAGGCUGAGAAGAGAAGGACAUCACAGGUUCAACUAGAAACAACAGCAAAGUUGGCAGAGUCUCCCCUGGUGGCAGUGAUGUCCCACUUGCUGAGUUUUCUGGAGCAGUACUCCCACUUCCAGCAGCUGCAGCAGCAGGUCGACCAGUACCGGGUUCAGCUGAAGAGACACCGCGUCCAGCACCGCCGGCAGAUGAAGGCCCUGCGAGCCUCCUAUCGCCAGCGCCUCAGGGACAAGAGCAGCAUCAUCAGCAGCCUGGAGGAGGCCGUCAGCCAGCAGAGCCCUAGCCCACUGAACGAGGGUGAGUCCAGCAGUGAUGCGGGGACACAAGCUGGAGUUCACCGGCUGGUGGAGUCUCUGUACGGGCUGCAGGGUGAGAGGAGUAAGCUGCGAGGAGAACUCCGCCUGCUGCACUCGCAGCUGGAGCAGAAGGAACAAGACCGGCACUCUCGAAUACAGGCCUUUCAACUGCAGAUUGAUGAGCUCAAGAGUUGCAUAGAGGAGCGUGAGGAGGAGCUGUCAAGACUGAGAACAGCCACCGGGGCCACAGACUCAGAGAAGCGAGUUCUGUGUCUGUCAGCGGAGAACGAGACUCUGAAACAAAGCCUGAGCGUCACACAGGGCCUCCUGCAGCAGCUGUCGGCCAUCCCCUCCCAGUCCAGCACCAUGCUCAUCAAGGAGAAUGAAAACCUCCGCAGCAGAGUGCAGCAGCUGGAGAUGUCCCUGCAGCAGCGUGCCGAGCAGCUGUCACACCUGGAGCGACAGAGCGAACAGAGCGAGUGGAGGAGAGGAGAGGAGCUGAGGAAACGAGAGGACAGACUGAGGGAGCUGCAGCUGGAGCUGGACCGAGAGAGGGGCAAGGAGCCGGUGGUGAAGUAUGUCACUCAGAGAGUGGAGGUAGAAUCGCCUGGCAAACUGAAGCAGCUGACUAAAGUCAGGCAGCGGAAUGAGCUGCUGUCCGAAAAGCUGUCCAGUCAGAAUGAGCGAUGCAAACAGCUGGAGGAACAAAUAAGGAAGUCUGAUGAACACAGCUGUAAUCUGCAGCACAAGAUCGCAGCGUAUGAGCGAGAAAUCAGCAAACUGAGAGAGGAACUGCUGAAAGAGAUUGGCCACUUGGAGGAGAGGAAGGAGGAAGCCGUGAAGGCUGCUGCCAACUGCUCGGCAGAACACUUUCAGAACCUGCAGGAUCAAUUCUUCGGCUUGCAGAAGCGUCUGACAGCACUUCCACCGACUUUACGCUCCAUGAAGACGGAUUACACGAGUCUGAGGAGCCAAGUCCGUAACUUCUCAGAGUUUUACGCAGCAGCUAUAAAUGAUGCAAAAAAACAGAUUUCAGCAGCUAUUCACGAGAUGUCCGAAGCCAACCAAGAUCUUCUGGAGAAAUAUAGGAAAGAAGUAGCUCUGCGCAGGAAGUACCACGAGCAGCUGGUGGAGCUUAAAGGCAACAUCCGCGUGCUGUGCCGCGUGAAGCCUGUGCUGAAGGAGGACCAGCAUGAGGAGGGCCAGUCUGUGGUGGUGACAACAGACCCCCACAAUGAGUCCUCCCUCACAGUGCUGAACAAAGGGAAGGGUCGCAUCGUUGAACUGGACAAGGUCUUCCACCCUCAGGCCACACAGGAAGAGGUCUUUCAGGAGAUUGAACCUCUCGUGACGUCCUGCAUCGAUGGCUACCACGUCUGCAUAUUUGCAUAUGGGCAGACCGGCUCUGGAAAGACCUACACCAUGGAGGGCAGUGUGGAGAACCCAGGCAUUAACCAGCGAGCCCUGAAACAUCUCUUCAGCGAGAUCGAGGAGAGGAAAGACAUGUGGUCUUACAACGUCACCGUCAGUUCUGUGGAGAUCUACAACGAGGUGCUAAGAGACCUGCUGAGUAAGGACGGAGAGAAACUGGACAUAAAGAUCAACCCUGACGGAACGGGACAGCUGCAUGUGCCGGGUCUCAGGGUCGUCGAAGUUAAGAGCUUUCAGCACAUUAAGAAGAUUUUGGCCACAGCCCGGAGGAACAGGAUCACCUUUGGCACUCAGAUGAACCAGCACAGCUCACGCUCCCAUGCCCUCCUCUGUAUCACGGUUCAGGGCACUGACCUCGCCACAGGCUCCAAAACCACGGGCAAGUUGAACCUGGUGGACCUGGCUGGCUCGGAGAGGGUUUGGAAGUCUGGUGCAGAGGGAGAGAGGCUGAAGGAGGCCCAGAAUAUCAACCGCUCUCUGCUGGCACUGGGGGAUGUAAUUCAGGCACUGAGGGCUCGGCAGACUCACAUCCCUUUCAGGAACUCCCGCCUUACGUACUUAUUACAAGACUCUCUGGGUAAAGGCAGCAAGACCGCCAUGGUGGUGCAGGUGUCUGCUCUGGAGAGUAAUGUGGGAGAGACACUGUGCUCACUGAAGUUCGCCCAGCGGGUGUGCAAAGUGGAACUGGGCCCUGCAGCCAGGAAAAUUGAGUCCGGCAGCGGGCACUGCGACUGACGGUCUACAAUCACCUGGGAGCCAUGAGUCAAUCGGAUUAUCACCCAUAUCAACAGAUGAAUCCUAAAGCUACAACAAGAUCAACAGCAACGCUGCUCAAGGGCUAAACCUUGUGGGAGGUCUGUGUGCCACUGAAAUGCCAACCUGUAAUUGAGGUCAGGUCCUCUCAGCCAUCGUCUGCUCCUGACGCGUGAUAACCCUUUAUCGUUAGAUAAUCUGCAUGCAGUGCCAAAGCGACCUCCAACGCCGCCAGUGUAAGACAUGAUGCUUCCUUGAACUACAGUAUCUCAGUUUCUUUGUAUUUAAUACCAAAAUCCAGGAAAUAACAUAUCCAUAACGAUCAUCAGUGUUAAGAGCAGCAUCAUGAACAAACAGGUUAGGUUUAGUAAGCUCCCAGCGCCCCAACGUCAACACUUUCAUUUUUUGCAGUAUUUACCAUCCUGCUAUAUAUAACUGUAGUUUGUGAGCAUCAUCUCCAACAUUUGUAUAUUUUUGCAGGAUGUAGUGUGUAGGAGAAUGUUUUGUGGCAAACGUGCAGACUAUUUAUCAUGUCAGUGACACUUAAAUCACAUAUUUAUAUUGUUUUUGUGAACUUCAGAGAAGCAGUGAUUGAAUUCUUUGUUUCUCUUUAUAGCCUUGAUAAUUUGCCUUUUGAAAAAAAGAGGGAAGCCAUUGAAGGAAGCAGGUAGCCUAAGAGUGGUAGUAUUAUGAACUGUGCAAUAUCCUCUUCACGUAGGAGACAGUUUGGGCCUAUGUGGACAGAAGAUGCACUUUAUUGUGAAAGGUUCAGACCAGGUAUAUUAAGGUGCUUACAGUAGAUCUCUCUAGUGAAUGUCAUACCAGAAGAAAAGCGUAUUAUCCGUUUAUCAUUGUUCCUCUAUCACCCGUUGGAUCAAAACUUGAUUCAAGUGUAGCAAGACAUUAAUGUUGCUGUAACUACCAUAGAGGUCACGUCAUGACGAUUAGAGAGUACAAUUUCUGAAUAAACACAACGUAUUUAA